AUGCCUGCGCGAGUCUCUACAAGAUCCACGCGGAAUUCGGCCGCCGUUUCCAACAAAUCAUCAGCCGCGACGCUCGGCUCCCGAGGAUCAACAGCGUCGCGAUCCUCCUCUCUCGCGCUCGACGUCCCGACCGAAAGACCCGACAAUGAGCUUCGUCCCAAGAUAUGCGCCGUCUUCAGGGAUGCGCAGAAAAACACUGCGUCUCACCGCAAAUUGGUGGUCACCUUGCGUAAGAUCCAGGAGGCCUGCGUCUACGAGCCCACCAGUCUGAACAAGUCAACCUCGAACGACUUCGAUGAGGAGGCUUUCAACUCCGAAUUCGUCCGCUGCGUCCUCAGGGUUAUGCCUAUCAAGAAGUCGGAAGGCGUUGGAGAGAAGACUGUCAGGUUUAUUGGGCAUUUUCUCAGACAUGCGAACGACAAGGACUACGAGGUGCUGGGCGAGCUUGAAGAGGAUGCUAGUACCAUGCACGACACUCCCAGCACCAGGCUCCUCGGCUUUCUCAUGGAGACGAUCUUGCCACUUCUCACUGCAAAAGACAAGUUUGUGAGAUACAGAUCGACCCAGCUGGUCUCGCACAUCAUCAACUCCCUCGACUCCAUCGACGACGACGUCUUCCAAAAGCUCCGCCACGGCCUUUUGAGGCGGAUCCGUGACAAGGAAGCUAUGGUGCGCGCCCAGGCUGUUCUUGGUCUUGGCCGUUUGGCUGGCAACAUCGACGCAGCUGCGCAGUCCGACGACGACAGCGAGGACGAGGCGUCUGGACUGCUCGAAAAGCUACUGGAGGUUCUGCAGAAUGACCCCAGCGCAGACGUCAGAAGAUCGCUUCUCAUCAACCUUCCUAUCGCACCCGCCACUCUUCCAUACUUGCUCGAGCGCGCUAGAGAUCAGGAUGCUGCCACUCGUCGAGCUGUGUACUCCCGCCUGCUACCCGCCCUCGGCGAUUUCCGUCAUCUUUCUUUAUCUAUGAGAGAGAAGCUCCUCAGAUGGGGUCUUCGUGACAGAGACGAAAAUGUUCGCAAGUCGGCCGGCAGGCUCUUCCGCGAGCGUUGGAUCGAAGACUGCGCCGGCGUCGCACCGCCUGAAGAUGGUGCCCAACCUGAGCCGUCGCCUCCCAACUUUGAUGGCUUACUUGAGCUACUUGAGCGAAUCGACGUCGUCAACUCUGGCGUGGAGAACGGAGUCGCCCUAGAGGCGAUGAAGGGCUUCUGGGAGGGCCGACCCGAUUACCGGGAGGCCGUAACAUUCGACGACCAUUUCUGGGAGACUUUGUCUGCCGAGUCGGUCUUCAUGGCCAGAAGCUACAAUGAAUUCUGCAGAAACGAAGGUAAUGGCAAGUUCGAGUCUUUGGUCGAGGAGAAGCUCCCUGAAGUGACUAAGCUUGCUUUCUACCUUGAACGCUACAUCAGCGUUCUGACUGAAGCCAUCAAAAAGGCCUCGCAAAUAGGGGGAGCAGAAGAUGAGGAGGAAGACACGGUCGAGCAGGAAUUCAUCGUCGAACAACUCCUCCACAUCGCCAUCACGCUCGACUACUCGGAUGAAGUUGGCCGACGUAAGAUGUUUGCACUUCUUCGCCAGUCGCUUUCUGUACCGGAGCUCCCGGAUGAAGUCACAAAGCUGACUGUCAGUGUUUUAAGAGACAUCUGCGCGCCUGACACAGCCGGUGAAAAGGAGUUCUGUUCAGUCGUUUUGGAGUCCGUUGCCGACGUUCACGAUACCAUCGUGGACGACCCUCCUGAUGACAAGACCGAGGACAGCUUCCACUCAGCAAGAUCCGAGGUUAGCGGCGACACCACGCCCACGCGAACCGGCAGCCGUGGGAAAAGUCCCGAGCUCAGCGAGGAGGAAGCCCGUGCCAAGGCCGUCAAGGAGAUCAUGAUCAACAUGAAGUGUUUGCACAUUGUGCAAUGCAUGUUGUCCAAUGUUGCUGGCAACCUGCAACAGAACGACCACUUGGUCUCCAUGUUGAAUAAUCUCGUUGUUCCUGCAGUCCGAAGUCACGAGGCUCCUGUGCGCGAGAGAGGUCUAGUCUGCUUGGGUCUUUGCUCUCUGCUAGACAGAUCUCUCGCCGAGGAGAACUUGACGCUCUUCAUGCACUUCUUCACCAAGGGCCACACCGCGCUCCAAAUCACUGCUCUGCAGAUUCUCACCGACAUUCUUAACGUUCACGGAGCUCAGCUUCUUAGCUCGACACCCACGCUGCUAAAGGUGUACAUCAAGGCUCUCAAGUCUGGAACCAAGUCGCCUGAGGUCCAGGCUGCCGCUACCUUGGCCGUAUCCAAACUGUUGCUCGGACGCGUUGUUACUGACACCGAAGCCGCAGCAGAGAUGCUCAAGACCCUGGUCGUUCAAUACUUUGAUCCCGCUACCGCUCACAACCAGAGUGUCAGGCAAGCUCUCAACUACUUCCUGCCCGUUUUCUGUUACUCUCGAGCCGAAAACCAGGAUCUCAUGCGCUCUGUGGCCUUGGAUGCUUUGCACAUGCUGGUGAAUGUCCGCGAGAGCUUGGAAGACGACGACGCCGACGUGGAUGAAGACAUGGAGAGUCUGACAACCAUCGGCGCCUGCUUGGUGGACUGGACGGACCCCCGCAAAUGCUACAACCCGGCCCAGGGGCUCGAGCUGGAGAAGAAGACAGUCAACGGUGAUAUUCAUUUGGAGUUUGCCCUGGACAUUUUGGAUCGUCUGAACGGAAACAUGAGCAAGGCAGAGAAGAAAAUUGUAGCACCGCUCCUUGGCAAGCUCUACAUUUCCCCAACCAGCACGGAGGAGAAGAUCAGAGAAGUGUACGAUGAGGUCUCGAUCGCUGUGGACGAUAGACUCAUCACGGACACGACUGGCCGGAACGCCCUGAACAAGAUCCACGUGAGUUUGGGCAAGAUUGUCGCCACCCUCGGCGAGCAGGAGGCAGAGCCUCGUCGCGCAAGCAGGAGCGUGUCCGUUGUCUCUUCUGUAGCACCAUCGGUGGCGACAUCGUCGGCAUCUAAGGCCGAUGAUGGCGACGGCGACAAGACCAUCACCAUGGAGCCACCGAUUAAGGAAGAAGACGAGGAUAGCAAUGAGGGCACUGUCAUCCAAAGAUCGGCAGAAAACUCAUUAGUGAGCGAGCUCCUGUCGGACGAAGAAGGCGUUUAA